CGCGCCGCGUGUUUCGCAAUUGUUACCGGCGUCAUCUUUUACGACACCACCGCCCGGUUACGGCAAUCCCGAGUCAUUUUUUUUUUUUUGUUUGUUUUUUUUAAAUGAGUCGAGCGCGCGCUUGUUCCCGGUCCAACAAAAAGCAUGGCUCACCGUAGACGACGACGACGACCGCCGCGUGUGAAUCCAGACCCCAGCGACCAAACGAGCAACAUGGAACAACUCGCCUUCAACUACAAGGAGAUGUGCAAAGUGGAGUCCAGCACUGAUUCCGACUCUGAAAUUAGUCCAAGAUUGUCAGACGCCAGCACUAUGGAAUGUGCGAGCAGCGCCCCAGAAAGCGGCGGCUUAAGGCAGACGUUGCCGCUGACGCACGACCCUGCGGGACGCCAGGGAUGUUACUCUCUGUUUUUGGAUCCAUAUGACGGGAGCUCGGAGGAUUCUGACGACAUUAACGUGGACACCGGUGCCCCGAGCAGGCGAGCAAGGCAGCAGGGCCGUUCCCACCGUCGGAGCAGGCGUUUUAUCCUGCACCCUCCUCCGUCGACCGGCUUCCGACCCGCGGAGGCGUCGAGGGAACCGGGACGUCAUCUCGUGGACGUGCACAUGAAGCGCGUGGACGACUCUGAGGUCUGGCUGUGCGAGCUGACCGAGGAUCUGACCGGCAGCCGAGCGGCGGCGGGCGGCAUCCGAGUGCGCUGCCGACUCCACUGCGACGCCCGCUUGCCCGAAGGCUCCUCGGAAAGACCGGCCAACCCGUGCAAUGUCCGGGUGGUUCUCAAGAGGAAGCUGUCCGCGCCCGCGGCUGACGGACUGGAGCAAAAAAAGAAGCAGUGUGUGGACCGCAUGGAGGAAGAGGGAGGAGGGGACUCGGCAACAGAAGCAUGCGAGUAGCCCCCGUUUCGUGACUUUGCAAGGCACUUUAAGUUUACUGCGCUGUUUAUUUAUUUUACCUCAAGUGUUACAAAAAGACAUACAGUAUAUUUUGUUGGAAUUGACUGAGCCCUGCCAUGAAUAAUUUGCAAGGCAUGGACAUCUACCCCAAAAAGUUUGUCAAUGUCACGAGAUGGCGGCAAAGCACUUUUUUUUUUUUUUUUUGUUCUAAAUGAAGCUCCUCCCUUCAGUUCAACAAAUACAUUAGUUGCUUGGCACCAAAGCAAUAUUUUUACAUGACAAAUUGCAUUGGCCUGAGUGCAGGAACGGCAUCUAAUGUAGGGUCUCUGUCAUUAAAAAAAAAAAAAAAAAAUUGGGGGGUUCACUAUAUUUUUCUUUACAUUUUAUUUGUAAAAAUAGCUGGAAGUGUGAACGGAAGCUCAGAUUUCUUUAAUUUAUACAUGCCAUUGGUAUUUAGACGCGUUUUCUGUUGUAAAUCUGUUGAGCAGGUCAAACAGUACAACAAAAUAAAUUCAAGUUCGCAAUGAUAUUCAUUUUAAAAUUUCCAUUAAAGCAGGAUCUGCGCAAAUAUUUUUGCUCGAAGGGCCACAUUUGAUUUUUGAAAUGGACAGCAGGGGCAGGUCUUUUUGGAGAGCAAACACUUAAAAAAAAAAAUUGCAACUCACUAUAAUUAAACCAUAUUUGUAAAACAUAAUUUUGCAAUUUUUUUUUUUUAACUUGAAUGUAUUUUAUUAAGUUAGCUGCAGUAGGCCCCAGCAGUCCCGCGAAAAAAG